AGCAUGGAGAGCAGGGAGGACAAAUCCCCACGGCAGUACCUGGCAGCAGAGGCCGUUUUGAGCGGCUCCACGGCGCAGGAACCCAACGGGGAGGAAAAGCCCCGGAGAUCCCGCACGAGGAGGAGCUGCAAACGCAGAUGGCGGGGAUCUGAGGGGGAAAGAGCCAGCCUGGGCCGGGAAGGCGGCCGGAGAUGGAGCCAGAGCUCGGAGCUGGUGCUGCAUGAGCAGCUCCAUGAUGGGGAGAAGCCCCACAAGUGUGAGGAGUGUGGGAAGAGCUUCAGGUGGAACUCUGAGCUGAUCAGGCACCAGAGGACCCACACUGGGGAACGGCCCUACGAGUGUGAUCAGUGCAGGAAGAGGUUUCAGACCAGCUCCAAUCUCCUCCAGCACCAGCACACUCACACAGAAGAGAGGCCCUUCCGCUGCCCCGACUGCGGGCAGGGCUUCAGGCAGAAUGCCCAUCUUGUCACGCACCGACGCAUCCACGCUGGGGAGAGGCCCUACAAGUGUGGGGAGUGUGGGAAGAGCUUCAGCCAGCAUUCCAACCUGCUUGUCCACCAAAGGAUCCACACUGGGGAGAGGCCCUACAAGUGUUCCAAGUGUGGGAAGCGGUUUAAGACCAGCUUCCAUCUCCUCCAGCACUAUCACAUUCACAGUGAGGAGAGGCCCUUCCAGUGCCCUGACUGCGGGAAGGGAUUCAAGCACAACUCCACCCUCAUCACCCACCGGCGCAUCCACACUGGGGAGAGGCCCUACGAGUGUCCCCAGUGUGGGAAGAGCUUCUCACAGAGCUCUACCUUGACAAAACACCAACGCAGGCACCGGUAA